UUGUUUGAUUCCUUGCACCUGUUGUAUCUUAGUGGACAAGAACUCUAGUCUGGGUUUUUAUAUAGACUUCUUUGAAAGCAAUAAAACGUCCACUAACUGUCAAAAAGAACCACACGUUCUUUUGUGUCUCCAAACUAAAACAAGCCUGUAAAUAUAGAUAUUGAGGGUAAAUGUUUAAGACUGGCCCACGUCUCCAAUAUCAGGUAACGGACCUUGCACUUGUGGGGGACUACAGUCAAAAAUAGACUCACACCCCGAGACUCAAGAGGCUCAAGCCCGAGCUCCUGCUCGUCUGUAUCCUCAACCACGGGGCUAUGAGCAGGGGAAUGAAUCUGAGGAUCGAAGGACACAGGUGGACCGAGGAGAGGACGUGACAAGAGAAAAGCCGGCACAAACGAUUUGUGUGCACAAUUAAGUUAUUUUAAACUAGCUGGCGUCUUUCGGCUGACCACCAGAGAUCCGUCACUGCUCUGCUGGGAUGACCAAACCCUCGCCACAGUCGAACUGAGGAUUCAGACUCUCGCUCUUAGAAAAGUCCUCACAGCAAACAUGCUGUCUGCAUCGGAGACAGGAGCAGGAUCAAAUGUGUCGGAGCCCACGGACAAAAGCACUGAGAACGUUUCCGAACGCCUCGCUCAGGAGAGAAGCAGCGGAUCGCACCGUUUGAAGCCUUCAUCGUCAUCCAGCUGUGACAUGUCGGAGUGUUCGUCCUCAUGUUACCGGCCUGCACCACAGAACGAUGACUUCAGGGUUUGUAGCUAUUUUGGCUCAUCAGAACCUGUGUUGCCUCGUUUACCUCACUUCUCUCGUAACCUCAUUUCAACUGUAUCUGAAUCUUUUUCAGAGCUACGCCGUAAUCAAAAGGCAGCGCUCUCCUUUUCUCUCAUGCAAGGAGAUAUUACACCUCAGCCUUUUGGGGCCACGUCAUCUACUUUGAUGGAGCCAUUUGUCACCGGGGCUCUCUGCAGCUCUGAACACAGUCCAGACACUUAUCCGCUGAGUUCAUUUUCACCUCAGUCCGAUAGUUUAGAGCCUUAUACAGCUACAGCGCCUCUGCCAGAACUGUACAUCUCUGAAAGCGAGACACAGGACUUGAGGAUCCGGAGCCCUCACAAACACCCCCGGGAAUUUCAAUGGCCUGAAUACCGUCAGGGGGAAGCGGGGGGGAAAGACGCCGACUGCGAUACACAUUUCCCGAUGUGCGACUCAGACAACGAGGUGACGCGAUGCCAUCUCGGACGAGCUAUGCCGGGCUGUGAGUCAGACGUGAGCGAACGCGCGCGACCACCUGCUGCGGGGGCCCCCGAGCAAGGCCCGGUGCUGGUAAACGAUGAGAGGCGAGGGAAUGCCCGGCCCAUGGAAUCGACCCCCCGACCACAGCAAAGCCCCGGCCCCGUCGAGCUGUGGCUGGACGCAUGCCAGUAUCUGGCAGGUGAGGAUGCGGAGGACGUGAACGUUUUGGACAGGACGAGGUAUUCUGCGACCCAGGCCGGACCCGCCGGGGACUUGUCUUUUCCCCCGGGAGAGACAAAGGUGUCCGGUUGCAACCUUGAUGGCGGCGAGGGGAUUGGCUGGUCCGACGAUGACGCCGUGGGUUGGGGGCCACCGGUUGAGAGGUGGUCAUCCGUGGACAGCUGGGCCACUGCACUCUCCGACUGGACUGGGAUUAUCGCGGGUCCGCCGGAGGACUUCGCGGCCGCCUUCACAGAGAUAGGGGCGGAGAUAGAUGCUCUCACACAGGCACUAGCGGAGGUGAGCACUCAUUUAGAAACACAGCCCCCCGGAGAAGCCAAGGGUCAAGAGGCAGCAGUCAGGGCGCAGUCACAGCCACCCAUGGGCGUCCAGGAUCAGCCUUCGGAGGCGCGAAACCCCACCGGAGACGGGGAGAGAUGUCAGAGCGUUGAAUCGUUGUGCGAUUCGACAGCUGGCGCACAGGAAGAAAAGGAGUCGGAAGAAAUCUGGAGCGACCAGGCUGAGCGCUUGAGAUCCCCGUUGGGUACGGUGGCCUCUCCUGGAGGACGCGGCGCAGGGGUGGUUCCUGGAUCCACUUCUUCCGCUGAUCUGAACCCUUCUCCCUUGGUGGGAUUUGUCGAACAAGACCGCUUCUUCAACAGCAGAGUAGAUUCCAUCCUACUGAAUAUAGUAGAAGAUACAGAUUUGGAGGGACGAGAUACACCUGGAGAUCUGAUGAUUGAGAAGCCCUUUGGAGAUGAAGUGCGUGAAGUGACACACGGCGUCUGCCAGCUGCGCUGGUCGACCGAGCAGGAGGUCAAGAGGAGCCGCGGGCCAACUGAGGUGGAUCGGGAAGGAACUCAACCUCGGGCCGAUCCUCGUUUUCACACCACACGCGCCUCGGGGGCGACCUCGCCAGGUGUGCACACAGACGCUGGCUCGCUCACCAAUGGUGGCGCACGCGCGUCAUCUGACACUCUAGCAGCCCUCGGCGAAGCGUGUCAGGCGGAGUCACCAUGGGCGAGUCCUGAGUUUGUAAUGCCCUUAGCACCUCUCGGCAUCUUAGCCCUGGCACCCCUGGUCUGUCGGACGAGCAGAAGUUUGGAAGGAGAUCAAACCCGCGCGAAAAGGUCUCUCAAUGACAACAGAGACCCGGGCUGUGACCGCAUGCAAGCCCGCGCUCACAGGCCGACCCCGGAGGGGAUCACUGGCAUCAAAUCUUGGAAUGGCGAUGAGCCGAUUCGUGGAAAGGGAAAUAAAAUAAAGUAUACUGAGAAGUCUUCAAAAGAGGGACAAGUGGACUUGAUCCCGGCAAGUAAGACAACCAGUGAGGAGCUUCGUGAGCUCAGGGGAGAACUAUCAAACCCCGCUGAUCCUUUCUUCGUCUCGCAGAAGAACCGCGUGGCAUUCAUCACUUUGGAUUUGAAUGACCCAUUUGUCUCCAGGGCUGCAAAACCCAUCGCCAAAGGCAACCAGUCUGACUCGAAUCAGACGAAAGCCGAAAAGAUGCCACGCAAAACACACAAAUCUACCGCGGAGAGCAAGGCGCGCUCUAAAAAGGACAAAACAGCAGGUCAUUAUCACGGUACACAAGCAUGCAAGAAACAGGAGGCUUUAUCUCAACAUGUUUCAGCCCAGCAGGUCUGCAAAGAGCAAGAAACUCAUCCUCUCGCCGGGGGAAGCCACACCGGCGAGAUUACUCAAGGCGGGCCUGUGGAUAAGGAGGCUAAAUUGGUGUUUGACGCUGGUGCGACAACCGAGAAGGCUCCGAGCAAGCCGCAUGGCAAGAAGAAGAAGAAGAGCACUGGGCUGAAUGGUGACCCACCGCUGGAGGCGGAGAACGGAGCGAAACCGAAGACGGCGAAAGGAAGGAUUGAAAUGUUCGAGGCCAAGCUGGGUGCGAAGGGCCAAAAGGACAGCGAUCGCUCGGAGGAGAAAAUCCUGUCACAGCAACCGGGAGCAAAGGCAGAAAAACCUCAACUUCACGCAGAUCGUAAAGACCACCAGCCGAAGAAAUUCACCAGUCCUCUGAGCGACGAUGUUAUCAAAAGACGACGGCUGUCAGAAGACAAGUUCGGGAAGGCCGUCGCUGUUUUGGAGUCAAAAUUUUCCAAGCCGGUCGUUUCCGUCCCGACGAAGGGAGAGCAGCCCAAGGUCAACGCGGGGUCAACGCGCAAGAAGGCCUUCGGUGAAGCGGUCAAACUGAAAAUCCCCCCAAAGGAAGGUAAGUCGCCCCAUGACCAGAACAGACGGCCUGUGUCCGCAGAGCCCAAGGCGGUGCAGCCCAUCCAGGCGGCUCCAGUGAGCGGCGAUCCCCGGAGUCUGCGCCUGUGGUGUCAGUUCACGGCCGUCGCCUACCAGUGCACCGUCACCUGGAGCAGGGGCGGCGCUGUCCUGUCCGAGAGCAGGAGAAGUGCAGGGGAUGAAAGCAGAGUGUCACUCACCAUCUCCAAUGCUUCUCACAAAGACUUGGGCAAGUACCAGUGUCAGCUCACCAGUUCACACGGAUCAGUAAGCCUGGACCACCUGCUCACGUACGAAGUUCUAUGUGAGAUUGUUAUGCCUCCCUCUCCGAACACAAUCGUAUCAGCCCCCGUGGAAGACGGCAGUGAAGAAGAAGACGUUCACUGUUCCAAGUUGAUUUUUAAGGAGGAUUUUCUAUCCAACCAACACUUUGGCGAGAACCAACCUGCCAGCAUCAUCACUGAGAAGGUCCACUUUGGGGAGGGAAUGCACCGGCGGGCUUUCCGGACUAAGAUGCAGUCGGGUCAGAUACCGCUGUUACUGCCCGGACACCCCUGUGUGCUGAAGGUACACAAUUCUAUCAGCUACGGGACCAAGAACAACGACGAGCUGGUUCAGAAGAACUUCAGCUUGGCCGUGGAGGAGUGUCACGUCCAGAACACAGCGAGAGAGUACAUCAAGGGGUACACCACUGCGGCCCAGUCCGUUGAAGCCUUCGGAGAAGUCCCAGAGAUCAUUCCCAUUUACCUGGUGCACCGUCCUUCCAAUGACAUCCCGUAUGCUACGCUGGAGGAGGAGCUGGUCGGAGACUUCGUCAAGUACUCGGUGAAGGACGGCAAAGAGGUCAACACGAAGAGACGCGACUCGGAGGCGGGGCAGAAAUGUUGUGCUUUCCAGCACUGGGUCUUUCACAAGACGGAGGGCAACCUGCUGGUUACUGACAUGCAAGGAGUGGGAAUGAGGCUUACGGAUGUGGGAAUAGCCACCUGUAAGAAAGGCUAUAAGGGUUUCAAAGGAAACUGUGCCACCUCAUUCAUUGACCAGUUCAAAGCGCUGCACCAGUGCAACGUGUACUGUGAGCUCCUGGGCCUCAAAUCCCUGCAGCCCAAACCCAAAAAGCCGGCUUCCGCUCCAAAGCCCAAACCUCCACCUCAGUCCGCUGCGGCCAAGAAGAAAACCUCCGGCGGGCCAACCGCGAAGGGCAAGUCAUGAGAGGACAAUCCUGGAUUGUGGUGGGGGGGGGGGGUUUCUUCUAAUGAGGGUUUUUCAGGUGAUUUGCUUUACUCUCGUUGAACCUCGUCACGCAGAGUUUGGUCCCCGUUUCGGGCUACAGGAGGACGAGGACGAGGACGAGGAUGAGGACACAUGCAUUUGACUCCCGGAUGAAACGCGAUGGUUGACUUACUGUCGCUUCAUAGGAGAAUUAUCUUUCAUUUCACGUUUGACAUUUGAGAGAUUUAUUUUAUUUCACUGAGAUAUUCGAGAGGAUAUUUGAACACGCUUAAAAGGGAUGAUGUUGAUGCCGAGUUGGAGGAGUUGAACUUUGACGCCUUAGCGAUUGCUUUAUUGAUGAGGCGCCACAUAUGUAUAUUUUUUUCUACUUUAGUAAAGUUUUCAAACAAUUAGUUCAUUAAAUUAAUAAACUUGUUAACUAAUUGAUCAUCUAUUAAUUGAAUGCCCUUCAUUGAAGGGCUGAGAAGCACAGUGUGCAUUGGAUUCAGUGGGAGCAGGUCACUCUUGGGUUUGACCUUUGAGGCCAUGCAGGUUAUUUAUUUAUUGUUCCACUAUUAUAACCUUUGUUCAUUCAGUAAAAGCUACAGAAAAAGCUCAUAUUUAUAUUCUGUAAACAAAGACAUUUUGCUCACAUCAAAUCUUGUAAGUAAAACUUGUGUAAAGUAUGAAAUUGAAUGUAUUUACUAAAGAAUGUGAGGUUUGUUGAU